GUAAAACUUGAAUGUAACGUCCAAGCUGAGUCGUGUUAGAAAACGAAAGGACACUAUUUGAAUAAUUAAAAUGUGGAAAAGAAAUGGAAACAAAAUAUUACAGACUAAUUAAUAUAUCAGGAAACAUCCGUGCUCGUGUGAGAAGUGAGCGAGAGGUAAAGCCUCUGUAGGCGUUUGCCUCAGCUGGGCAGAGCUAACGUUACAGUGGCAGCAGCAGCAGCAGCAGCAGGUCACACAGCGAUACAAAGCACAGAAGGAAAAGAACCGGGAAGGAGCCGCUUCCAUCACCUUGUGGAAUACAAAAUAGAAUUUUAUUGAAACGUCUGCAUCGCGCCGAGUUAGUAGCAGCCUUGUUUAAACUUGCAACAUCAGCAGCUGACUAGUUAGGUUAGUUAACUGCCUAGCCAUCCUGCCAGCCGGGUUGCCCUUGCUAGGAACGGUAGCAGUUAACUUAGCUUAGCUGUUGGCAGUCUGGCUAACCGGGAAGAGCUUCCAAGAUGAGGCUGAAAGUAGGAUUUAUUCUACGGAGUUUGCUUGUCAUUGGGACGUUUCUCGGCUUAGUGGUCCUCUGGUCCUCUCUGUCGCCGAAACCCAACGAUGAAAACCCCUUUGGAAAACGGGAUGACCGUUUGCUGCCCAAAGGAGAGCCAGCAGAUCCCUUCAAGCCUGUGGUGCCCUGGCCUCAUGUGGAGGGGGUGGAGGUCGACCUCAACUCCAUCAGACUCAACCACAGAGGGGACAACCAUCCCCAGAACCCUGACCAGCAGCCCAACCAGAAGCAGGUGAUCCAGCAGCAGUAUGUGACAUUCAGACCCCACACACACGCCUACAGCAGCCCCAUCCUGAAGAAAGGGAUUCUGGGAAACUUUGAGCCCAAGGAACCUGAACCUCCGGGGGUCCCCAGCGGUCCUGGUGAGGGAGCCAAGCCUUUUGUCCUGGGUCCGGAGUACAAAGACUCCGUCCAGACUUCCAUCAAAGAGUUUGGCUUCAACAUGGUGGCUAGUGAUAUGAUCUCACUGGACAGAACCAUCAGUGAUAUACGCCAUGAAGAGUGUAAGUACUGGCAUUAUGACGACAGACUGCUGACUUCCAGUGUGGUGAUAGUCUUCCAUAAUGAAGGCUGGUCUACACUGAUGAGAACUGUCCACAGUGUCAUCAAGAGGACUCCCAGGAAAUACCUGGCUGAGAUAGUCAUGAUCGAUGACUUCAGCAACAAAGCCCAUCUGAAGGAGCGUUUGGAGGAUUACAUCAAGCAGUGGAACGGUCUUGUAAAACUGUUCAGAAAUGAGAAGAGAGAAGGACUGAUCCAGGCCAGAAGUAUAGGAGCCAAGAAGGCCAGUAAAGGACAGGUACUCAUCUACCUUGAUGCUCAUUGUGAGGUUGGCAUCAACUGGUAUGCUCCUCUGGUUGCUCCUAUCUCAAAAGACAGGACAGUGUGUACAGUACCACUGAUAGACUAUAUAGAUGGUAAUGAGUACACUAUGGAGCCCCAGCAGGGAGGCGAUGAGGACGGCCUGGCUAGAGGAGCAUGGGAUUGGAGCCUGCUCUGGAAGAGAGUGCCACUUAGCCAGAGAGAGAAGGCCAACAGAAAACAUACCACGCAGCCCUACCGGUCUCCAGCCAUGGCAGGUGGUCUCUUUGCUAUAGAGAGAGACUUCUUCUUUGAGCUGGGUCUGUAUGACCCAGGACUGCAGAUAUGGGGAGGAGAGAAUUUUGAAAUAUCAUACAAGAUUUGGCAGUGUGGUGGCCAGCUGCUCUUCGUACCGUGUUCUCGUGUCGGCCAUAUCUACAGACUUCACGGAUGGCAAGGCAACCCUCCACCUGCACAUGUUGGAUCCUCACCCACUCUGAAGAACUAUGUUCGUGUAGUGGAGGUAUGGUGGGAUGAAUAUAAGGACUACUUUUAUGCCAGUCGUCCGGAAACUCUCACUCUCGCCUACGGAGACAUCAGUGAGCUUAAACGCUUCAGGGAGGACCAUCGAUGCAAGAGCUUCAAGUGGUUCAUGGAGGAAAUAGCCUAUGACAUUCCACUGCACUACCCUCUGCCUCCUAAAAAUGUGGAAUGGGGGGAGAUUCGGGGCUUUGAGACAAGUUACUGUAUCGACAGUAUGGGACACACCAAUGGAGGCAAUGUGGAAAUAGGACCGUGCCACAGGAUGGGGGGCAACCAGUUGUUCCGUAUCAAUGAAGCCAACCAGUUGAUGCAGUACGACCAGUGCCUGACCAGAGAAGGUGAUAAUUCAGCAGUCAUCAUCACACACUGUGAUCAGAACCAGCACACUGAGUGGAAGUACUUCAAGGAUCUUCAUCGGUUCACUCACAUGCCGACAGGGAAAUGUCUGGACCGCUCCGACCUCCUCCACAAAGUGUUUAUAUCAGACUGUGACACCAAUAAAACCACUCAGAAAUGGGAGAUGAACAACAUAGUGGCUGUAUGAAGACUGGCGCUUGGAGAGAAACAUAGUGACACAUACACACUGAGCAACACAUCCGUUUACAGAAAUCCUUUAAAGAAUGAGCUUUUUGAUACGAGCCCGUGUCAGUGCACCUGGGGUCCACAUGGUCAAAUUUAAAGAUACUGAGUGUGGACGGUUAACAGCUUCAACCCAAAUCUGUUGGUAUCGGCCAAAAUAUGCCUUUGUCAGACUCAAGGUCAUUCAUUGUACAGACACUCCAGGUGGCAGAUGAACUGGUUGUUGAGGCUGGUAGCUACAGGGCCUCAGAAUAACCUGUUGGACAAACACUGAACCGGAAACAUGACACAUCUCUGUCCUUCAUUGUGUUGAUACCCUGUCUCUCUAUCUGUUCUUCUGGGCUCUCAGGUCUUUUCUAAACCACUACAUUGAUUAUUGAAAUUAACUCAACUAUUGAACAGUCAUGCUCUGCUAUUAGGUCUCUUCAAUCUGAUCCAAAAACUGAUUUGCUCACUCACCAAAGAGUCCAUUUUUAAUGGUGGAGGAUUCAGUCGCAUCAUCAGUGUGUUUAAGCGGCUGGCGAGUGUAUGUACCCACUGGCAGGGUAAGAACAGGGUGUCAAAAACAAAGCAUUUAUUAGAAGUAUCUAAAAAAAAGAACUCUCAGGUGAGCCAAAUCUGUGGAAGAGACGAGGAGUGAAUAAAUGGAGAAGCACAAUCAGGUCUCCGUUUUUGAAAGUGUUGUGUGAUGGUGUCAUGCUGAUAUGUAAAAGUCCUGGCUUGUAUUUAUAUGUAAACAAUCAACGUAUAACAUUUUUUAUGCUCUGUCCUGUUUGCUCAUCUGUAUCUUUAGAGUCAUUAGGCCAACGUGGCCUUGUCAGUCAGAGUACAUCAUCCUUCAUCUUGGACCAGACAAAAUGUGGAGAGGCACACGCUGAACAGGCUAAAAGGAAACUGACAAUUAUUUGUUCAUUCUUCACAUUUGUGUUUUUAGUAUUUCCAAUUAGAAAAGGACCUCUUUAGGUUCAAACUAAUUCAAUAAUCUACCAGGCUAAAUUUGCAUUAUGAAAAAGCAGAACUGAAUUCACCACACUGUAUGUAAAUGCCUGACCAGGACCAAAAAGAUGAAAAGAAAGCAAGCAAUUCUUCUUU